CGCCUCUCACACCCAGUAUAUAAAGAUAAAUUGAUACAGACUCCAUCUUUGCCAAAAGGAAUCUAGUGCAGGCCAGAUAUAGUACAAAAAAUGGACAAACAUCUAUGUAAACUUCUGGCCUUGACCUUGGUCGUGGUGCUGGUCCAACUGACCAGUGGUCAGCUGAUUGGCAGCCAAUGCCAGCAAACCUGGCUCCGGUCUGCGACGGCCUGUGCCCAGAACUCCAGCCUGAACAUCAACAACCUCAGGUACCUGGCCAGUAAUGGCACGGAGGGUAACGCCCCCGUGGAGGGGCUGGCUACAUUCAAGGCUCGGGCGUGUGUAGUUCGACCCCAGGUGGACGUGUGUGGUCAAGCCAUCACACAGCGGCUGUACAACAGCACACUGUGUGCCACACAGGUCGAGAGACAGACCAUCCUGUCCCAGAGCCAGGCGCUCUUUGGUGCCUUCUAUGAUUCCUGUUCUUACCCCUGCCGGGCGACGCUAGAGAAAGACAUACGUCAGUGCUACAACUACGUCAACCUCAGCCCGAGUCAGCUGUCUGAUCUAGCACUGGCCAGGACCACGGCCAUAGGCGAGAACGCCGACCAGGUUAACCAGUUCUGUCUAAACCGGGACUCCCUGGCACAGUGCAUCCGGCAGAAGGCGCUGGCUUGUCCUGACGCUUCUCGCGUGCUGGCGGAGAUGGGAAUCGAACUCGGGGCGUUUGAACUCGGCGCUGACAUCCUGUGUCGAAACAAAGGAGUGUAUCUUUCCGGUAUCCACUGUUUCCGGAACCCGAUACCGGAAGUCCGAAUGUGCUUCCAGACCCUGGACAGCAACAUGCAGGCCCUGAUGAUGGUGGCACCUCAGCCCACGGCAGACCAGAUCUCUCUCAUUCAGUUCUGCAACAUCCGGUUAGAGCACGUGGACUGUGAGAUGGGCGCGUGGGCCAGACACCAGUACCAGACUUGUGCCAGAGUCGUCACGGGGAUGAGGACAGAACUGGAGUGUGAGCUCAUACCUAAACAGUGUAUGCAGGCUUUUCCCAGCCUCUACAGCAGUCUCUGCAGCAAGAUGAACUUCUACUACGACGAAAGGAAACCCUACAACAGCGCACAUCUUCUGCGCAUGUCAUGGCAGACUGCUUUAUUCAGCCUCGUUUUGAUUGCAAACAUCAAGUUUACGAACUUGUAUUGAAAAAUAAGAAACAAAAUCAAGAAAUGUCCCCGAUUACUUUAAAAAUAAAUAGAUAUUGUGUGAUGUGAAACUAGACCAGUUACUUUCUGUUGAGAAAA